UGUCCCACAACUUGACAAACGUUUCCUAUUGGUUUCUCUUCGAAAGAAGGAGUAAAAUUCUCCUCGAAAAGAAACGUUUCGGAAUGUGGCCUUGCUUGAAAUGAUUAUAAGUACACGGUUCUGGUUUAAAAGAAAAACCGAUUUUUUCCGUGAAGAAGAUAAUUGCUCGCACUAAACUGAAAUUAAAUGAAGUUAAUAUGUUACAUGUUGAGGGAAACCCACCCUUGGGGAAAAGAAACCGAAAAGAUCGGAAAAAUGAAAGAAAAAAAAAAUCGAUUUCUUGCUAUAAAUUUCCACAUCCAGCGUCCAAUAGGAAAUUAUCCGCCGAGAAUUACGAGAGAAAUACUUGAAGGACGCGUUACGAGCCUCGGUGAGAAGGGAGGAAAAUGCGACAUUUUCACCGGGCGUGCAACGACUCGCUCGAAGGCUCCGAAGGUCGCGGGAUUCGUCCUGCCAGGACGCGAUCACGAGGAAGGCUUCGGCGCGCGAAUUGGCGCGCAGCCGCGCGCCUCCGUUUAUCGACUCGCCGGGGGGUGCUUCCCCGGUUGCUCGACGGGAUUUCGAUCUUCGCCCUGGCGCGCACGAGCGAAUGGCUCGUUCGAAACCUGCGCACUUCGCAACCCCCAGUAUGACUCGGACGCGUGUCUUCGGCAAACAGAAAUCGCGCUGCGUAAAUCAUGAAAGGAUAGUCCGAUUGAUCUGAUUUCCCCGUCGGGUCAUCGCGCGACCUGACCGACACACGUAAACCCGGACACCCCGUGUGAAUCGAAUUCUCUUUUUCUCUUCUACAGAGAGACGCGUACAAUGUGUACACGCGUGCAUCUUAUCAUCCGAGAGAAAGGCAGCCGAUGAUCGAUUCGAGCGCGUCUUCGCGUCUUCGCUCUCCUUCCAGGUGCGACGGGAGAGGUAAUCAGAGAACGCUCGCCCAGGUAGUCCGGGGAGGUUCAGUGACCGGUCCGGGGUGCAAGCAUGAGGAUCGUCCUUCGACCGUUCCCCGACGGCGGUGUGCUUUUUGUGACGCUCGCUGCUGGCCCGAAGGUACACAGACCGGCGUAAUAGAAUCUUAAUGCAUCAAGUUGGAGCGGUGUCGCUCGUCAUGCGUCAAGAUUUUAUUAUGCCGGUCUGUGUAGCUCGCGUGCAAUACUCGCACUUACAAUUCGGACGCUGUGUGAAGCCGAUACUCGUUAUCAUUGAUCGCCCCCCUUUGUCUCCGGGUGAAGAGACCUUGAAGAGGAAGAGUAUAUUCACAGUGGAGGCUCACAGUGCGCGCGAGAUAUAAUAUGAGGGAUGUGUGCCGAUGAGUUCCGUGCCGGACAAUGCGUGCACUCCGCGUGACCUGAGGAUCGGCAGAUCGAGCUGUUAGAAUCACAGGGGUGGAUAUGGUAACUAUGAACUCCGAAAAAUCGGCUGGCCGCCGGAAACCAGUGGAGAAGAGCAGCAUCGAAAAGGCACCGGAGCAUGCCGAGGAGCAGGCCGGGAAGAAGGAUGAAGACAAUCGUAUGAAUGAAUCCCCGGAUUUGUCUCCCAACACUCCCACAUAUAACGUCACUGCCUCCUGCGCCGAAGACACCCCUAACUAUCUUGUCUAUAAGAAGAUGGAGUCGAUCGUGGAGAAGAUGUUGGACGAAUUCACGGGCGUUCCCGUGAAAACGGUCAAGACUUUCAUGACGAAAACGCCGUCUGUCUUCACCGGUACAGAUCUCAUAGCGUGGAUGAUGAAGAGCAUGGACAUAGAUGAUCAAGAGGCUCUUCACGUGGCUCAUCUAAUGGCGUCCCACGGAUAUUUCUUCCCCAUCGACGACCACUGCCUUACCGUGAAGAACGACAACACGUUCUACAGGUUUCAAACCCCUUAUUUUUGGCCAUCGAACUGUUGGGAACCCGAGAACACCGAUUACGCUGUCUAUUUAUGCAAAAGGACGAUGCAGAACAAAACGCGGCUGGAAUUGGCGGACUACGAGGCGGAGAACCUGGCUAGAUUGCAAAAGAUGUUUUCGCGAAAAUGGGAAUUUAUCUUUAUGCAGGCGGAAGCGCAGAGCAAGGUCGACAAGAAGAGGGACAAGCUGGAAAGGAAGGUCCUGGACAGUCAGGAGAGAGCCUUCUGGGACGUGCAUCGGCCAAUGCCCGGAUGCGUGAAUACCACGGAACUCGAUAUCAAGAAAGCCUGUCGCAGUCACAAGUCGGUCGUACAGCCGAGCAAGCACUUGCAACUGGGACUCGCGGGCGGCCGGAUAUCGCCGUCCGUGGAGUCGCGUCCGCCGAACCCGUCGCCGUCAAUAGAAUGUCUGCAGAAGGAGAUCGAGACGUUGAAGGACAGGCUCGACAAGCCCGUCAUCAAAGUCUCGAAAGUGGCUGAAGCUUUGAUCGGAUACUUUGAGCAGUACAUGGAAUACGACCCAUUUUUCACUCAGCCCGAGCUGACGAAUCCGUGGAUAUCCGAUAGCCCGGAAAUGUGGGAGCAAGAGAAAUUAGCGAAAGAAAUAUCGACGAGGAGGGUGAAGAGGUGGGCGUUCAGUCUGCAGGAGCUCCUGCAGGAUCCCGUCGGUAGAGAACAAUUCAUACGCUUCUUAGAUAAGGAAUUCAGCGGCGAGAAUCUCAAAUUUUGGGAAACCGUACAGGAAUUAAAAACUUUACCGCAGAAAGACGUCCAGACGAAAGUCGACGAGAUAUGGCGCGAAUUCCUAGACACGGACGCCAGUUGUCCCGUCAAUGUCGAUUCUCGGUCUUACGAGAUAACGAAAAAGAACCUCGAAAAGCCGGACCAAUGGUGUUUCGACGUUGCCGCGGCACACGUAUAUCAUUUGAUGAAGAGCGACAGUUACUCGAGAUACAUGCGCUCGGAAAUGUACAAGGACUUCCUCAACGGAUCGAAGAAAAAGACUUCGGUAAAGGGCAUUCGCUCCAUCGUAUCCUUCACAGGACGAAGGGACACUACGGUCUCGUAACCUGCCAAUUUCUAACAUCCGCGGUAUAUUCGCGUCUCUCUAACUCCGCUGUUCCGUUCAUCCCUCCGACUCUGUCAGCAACAACACGAGAAACUGACGAAGGAACGUUUUCACGACUCAAAGCGCUCUUUAUUUCAAUUAGUCCAAAUAUACCACUGAUAUAUGCACUUGUAUAAUCGAAUGUUUUAUACCGAUACACGCCGGCUAAGAUUAUUUGAAACGUUAUCGUAAGACAAUCGUGCUUAUAUGCUUUCCGGCUCGAUGACAGAGCGGUCGAUCAGAUUGCUCGAACUUUCGCUGGGAGAAAAUUGUUUCGAGCUUCGCAAAAGUGAACCGCCGUUCUUAAGACCGUAUGUAGUAUAUGUACUUAUUUCACUCGUUUUUACUUUCAUUUCGUUAUUUCUCCAGUUUUCCCACUAUAACACACUUUUGGGCGAAGAUGUAAUAAAUGUAAAUAAUGCGUGUAAAUAUGCGCCUUUUCUUAAUUCAUAUCGGAUGUAUCGGACACGUUAGACAACAGUGCGGAUUAUACAACACACGGAAAUUAAUUGUAUAAUAUAGCGGAACUCUGUACUUUCAAUUCAAUCGCUGGAGGAGAGUUCGUAGUCGAGCUGGAACGAUAUCGCUCGUACUACGCGCGUCGAUAUAUCGGUGUAUCCGACAAACUCGUACAAUGUACGCAGUAACUACCUUUCAUCGAGUCGUAUAGACAUUAUGUCGACAAUGACCGUGUCUCACGAGUGUCGACGCGCUUGCACGCGUGCUACAUUUUUAUAUCGAUUCAAUAAUGUGCACGAUAGCUUUCCGAGUGCACUCUGGUAUACGUUCGACCUCGCUAUAAGAAUGUAUUAUUGAUCUCAGGCACAAAAUAAGUCGCCGGGAAAAAGCGGUGAAAGCGGAAAAAGGGAGAGAAAAGUUCGCAAGAUCAAAAAAAAAA